ACGUGGUUUACAUUAUUGUAAAACCACACUCUAACCGUUUCAUUGAAGCGACAGUCAAAGAGGUUCAAAUCAGAUUUCCUAUAAAUGCUGGAAUAUUCCCAUCAGUCUACAAGUGAAGACGAGCAUCAAAGCAUCAGGAAGAAGAUAAAUCUGCAGAGACAGAGUUUAAUGAAGGACAGAGAGAAGAUGAGAGAUCCAGAACCCUGCAGAAUCAAACACACUGAAGAACAAACAGAGUUGAUUGUAGAAAAUGAGGAGAAUGAUGAACUGAAAAAAAAGGAGAAACAUGUCAAACCUGAAGAAAAAGCUCUGAGUCGCUCUCAAACCAAACAGAAAGUUUUAAGGAGAAGAAGAGAUGAGAAAUCUUUCACCUGCACUCAGUGUGGAAAGAAUUUGAAAGGCAAUAAAAGUCUCAAAAUUCACAUGAGGAUCCACACUGGAGAGAAACCAUUCACAUGUGAUCAGUGUGAGAAGAGAUUCACACAAUCAUCACACCUGAAGAGACACGUGAUCAUCCACACUGGAGAGAAACUGCAUGAAUGUGAUCAGUGCGGAAAAACAUUUUUUUGGGCUUCAUACCUGAAGAGUCACCUGAAAGUUCAUUCAAAGGAAAAACCACAUUCAUGUUCUUUAUGUGGAAAGAGUUUUUCAAAUUUGCAAAGUUUAAAACUUCAUCAGAAGAUACACACUGGAGUGAGAGAAUAUAUGUGCUUUGAGUGUGAGAAGACUUUUAUUACAGCUAAACAUUUGAAACAGCACGAGAGGAUCCACACUGGAGAGAAACCUUACACAUGUGAUCAGUGUGGGAAAUGUUUUGCAGGAAAAGGAGGACUGGUGUUGCAUAAGAGAGUUCAUACAGGAGAGAAACCUUACACAUGUGAUCAGUGUGGGAAAUGUUUUGCAGGAAAAGGAGGUCUUGUGUCGCAUAAGAGUGUUCAUACAGGAGAGAAACCGUUCACUUGUGAUCAGUGCAGGAAGAGUUUCACACGAUCAUCAACUUUUAAGAGACACAUGAUCAUCCACACUGAAGAGAAACUGCACAAAUGUGAUGUGAAAUGUGGAAAAACAUUUUUGUGGGCUUCAAACCUGAAGAAUCACCUGAAACUUCAUUCGAAGGAGAAACCACAUGUAUGCUCUUUGUGUGGAAAGAGUUUUUCACAACUGCAGAAUUUAAAAGCUCAUCAGAAGAUACACACUGGUGUGAAAGAUCAUAUGUGCUUUGAGUGUGAGAAGACUUUUAUUACAGCUGAUCAUUUGAAACAGCACAAGAGGAUCCACACUGGAGAGAAACCAUACAAAUGUUCACACUGUGACGAGUUAAAUCACUCAGGAUCCCUGAAAACACAUGAGAGGAUUCACACCGGAGAGAAACCAUAUCACUGCACUGCAUCUAGGAAGUUUCAGUCGUUCUAAUCUACUCAAGCAUACAAAAAAGAUUCACAGUCAGUAGAUCAUCUUCAGAUCCAACACUUUAAGGUCUGACAUUGCAUUCUCAUCAAACAUGACACAAUAAUGUGUUCAGUAGACAUGUGCCGGUAUUUGGUAAUGCCAUAUAUCACGGUAAUGAAUAUGCAAGAUAUUGUUAUCUGGGGCACUUCUAAAU